ACCACCAAGUGAAACGAGAUGGAGAAAAAUGCAUCAGUUGCGUCCGACGUCCUCGAGCUCCAAGGGUUUGACAUUUCUCCAGAGUUCACAUAUCCUCUGUUUUUCUUACUUCUGCUUGUUUACUUGUCUCUGCUCUUUUCCAACAUCGGCGUCCUUGCCCUCAUCAUCAUGGAGAAGAGUUUGCACCAACCGAUGUACUUUCUCUUUUGUAACCUUUCUGUCAACGACGUGAUCGGGAACACGGCCCUGCUGCCUCAGGUGAUGGCUCACGUCCUUUCAACUAAACGGUUCAUCACCUACAACCAGUGUGUGGCUCAAGCGUUUCACAGCCACACAUUUGGAUCAGCAUCCCACUUGAUUCUCAUCAUCAUGGCGAUAGACAGAUAUGUGGCAAUAUGUCACCCUCUGAGGUACAGCUCAAUAAUGACUGGCAGGACUGUGGUGGGGCUGUCUGUAGUUGUGUGGGGGGUGUCCUUGGUGCUUGUGUCUGUGCUCCUAGGGCUAACAGUGAGGCUGUCCCGUUGUAGAUCAUUUAUCCAAAAUGCUUACUGUGACAACCCAUCCCUGUUCAAGCUUUCCUGUGAAGACGUGUCCAUCAACAACAUCUAUGGACUCGUUUUCACUGUGCUGCUGUUUACUUGUUCCAUAGGAGGCAUAGUGAUCACAUACAUGAGAAUAGCUCUUAUCUGCUGGAUAAAGAAAAACAAAGAGCUGAAUAACAGAGCGCUUCAGACCUGUGCGAGCCACCUCCUCCUUUAUCUUAUCAUGCUUUGGUCUGGAUUUUUAACAAUCACAUUGCAUCGAUUUCCAAACUACCCAGAUUUGAGGAAGAUAGCGCACAUUUUAUUUCACGUUGUUCCAGCCAAUUUAAACCCCGUCAUUUAUGGGUUGCAAACAAAAUCUUUACGGGUUAAAAUAGUUGAAAUACUGCAGAGAAAAAAAGUGAUUCCGUUCUAG